AUGGAGACUAUUGAGCACUUUGCCCACAGGCAUCACCCGUUGGUUUACAUAGGCCAAGACAAAAUACAAAAAGAUAGAAAUCAUAAUAGUAAGCCUCAUUUGUGCAAUGUAUGUUGGCUACCAAUUCUUUCGAGCCCGUUCUAUAGUUGCAUCAAUGGCUGCGAUUUCUUUUUGCACAAGCCGUGCGCGCAGCUGCCGGACAAAGUGGAUCACCCUUACAUUUCCACCUUUCUUUCUCUCAAAAUAAACCCACAUCCAAAUAGCACGUGCAAAAGGUGCAACAAGUUAUGCGCAAAUAUCGUCUACACUACUGAUAUACAUUACCGCUUUGCGGAUUAUAUUGUCCAUCCCUUGUGUGCCGUGCAAGUAGAGAUCAAAAUCGAGCACCAGAGCCACAACGAACAUCCUUUGGUGGCCGUUUGUCGAGAUACUUUGUCCCUAUGUGAUGCGUGCGGUGAAAAUCACGAGGGAGUUUUCUUCUCGUGCAAAGAUUGCAAUUUCUGGAUCCAUCGAGACUGCACAUUGUUGCCGAGCAUUGCCAAACAUCCUUCUCAUGAUCACCACUUAGUACUCUCGUAUGCCCUUUCUGCAGACUUCUACAGAGCGUACAUUCUACGAUGUGACGUGUGCGGAGGAAGGUUCCGCGGCAAGGGGCUUUAUGCUUGUGCCGUCGAUCGUGAUUUCCAUGCUCAUUUGAAGUGUGUGUCGUCCAACAUGGGAAACUUCACUCUCGCGGAUGCAGAGUUGCUUAUCCAUUUGCCGCAUCGUGAGGGAGGUUAUAUGUAUUCAAGUUUGGCCUACCGCAACCUAGACAACAGAUCGGAUAGACAGAAGAAGUGGGAAAUCGAGAAGUAUCACAACCAUCCUUUGACCUUUCACCAACUUACGAGUAGUAGUGACAGCAGUAGCGUAGAAGCAUUGUUGAUGUCGUAUUCACGUUCUUUAGACAAAGGAUUGGUGUGUGACGCGUGCAUACAACCCAUCAUUUCACGUCCAUAUUGGGAAUGCGCUCGAUUAGACUGUCGUUACCUUCUCCACGACUUUUGUGCGAAUAUUCCUUCUUCGGUCCUUGCUUUCGGGUAUCGAGGAUCCCUUUACCAAGACUCGAACAAGUAUUUAUUUCAUUCGACUUUCCCAUGUUUUUUCUGUCAACGGCCGUGCAAUGGAUUGGGCUACCGUGCCUAUAUCAAUACUUACACAACUGCCAUGACAGAUUUAGAGACCAAUCCUUACACAAUUGCCAUGGCAGAUUUAGAGAUCAAUCCUUACACAAUUGCCAUGGCAGAUUUAGAGUGCGCUUCUGCACCCCAUGCCACAACACACUCAUCACACGAACAAAAUUAUCACAUUCUUAUCCUAACCAUGCAGACCGAGCUUAUACCCCUCAGCUGUUGCCGUGAACUCUGGCCUUCUUCACCUUGGCCUUUUCAACCCUCGGCGUCACGAACCUAUAGAUGCGUUAGUUGCGAUUAUGCAAUACAUGCCGGGUGUGCUUUUCUACCUAAAAAGGUGAGCCACAAAUUCGACAAGCAUCCUCUCGAGUUAAUGUUUACCGGAUCACCGAAUGGAAAAGACGAGUGCCUUUGUGAGGUUUGCGAAAAGGAUAUUGACCAACAGUAUUGGUUUUAUCAUUGUGCCAUUUGUGAGCAGUCCUUUCACGUCGAAUGUAUCCCGACUGUCGGGCUUUUGUCGAAAAUUAAGUUCGGAAGCACUCUCGAUGUUUCUUGCCACACGGACCAUCCGGUGGCGUUGACUCGGAUGCUUACCGUUGGGAAUCAGAGGUGUAGUUAUUGCAGUGAAAUAAUCGAAGGUUUUAUUGAUGACAUGAACUUUUGCUGCUCGGAAUGUGAUUUCUGGAUUCACUAUUUGUGUGCAAAGAGCUGUAACAAGGAACAAUAUACGUCUAGACCUUGGUACAAUUGUAGGAUAUAA